AAUGGCGGACUAUAUUUCUGUCAGAUUCGAUGAAACUAUUAGAUUGCGUAUUAAUUUACAUUGUGGACAUACGGUUUGCAAAAGUUGUUUAGUAAAAUUAAAACCAAAGAAAUGUCCUUUCGAUCAGACAGAAAUAGAUAAGGAGGUUGAAGAUAUCCAUAAUGAAUUUAAAAUUCGUAAGCCCUCUGCAUCUGUAUCCAAAGAAUUGAAAAACGAAGGAAAAUACCAAAAGUCCAUGUAUAAUUCUUGGAAAAGUUGUCAAAAAGUAAUCGAAAAAAUAUCAACGUGUCUGGAGCCUGUGAGUUCAACUGGAACAUGUCCUCUCAGUCGACCAAUGCAAAGAAAAUUGAUAAGUUUAGCCAAUUGCCGGUUGUUAGAGGAUGAUGGACGUGUAAAAGCCGUAAAAAUUAUUCGGUCUCUGGCUGAGAGAACCUUGUCUGAGCUGAUCUUAUUGCAUCAAAAUCCACAACUUACAGCGGCUAAUCUUUGGGCGGCUGUAAGAUCGAGAGGAUGUCAAUUUUUAGGACCUUCUAUGCAAGAAGAAGCAAUCAAACUGAUUCUUCAGGCUCUUCAGGAUGGGACAGCGUUGUCAAGAAAAGUUUUAGUCUUGUUUGUUGUUCAAAGACUACAAGAGCGGUUUCCUAAUGCUAGCAAAACAUCUGUAGGUCACGUUGUUCAACUUUUAUAUAGAGCCUCUUGUUUCAUAGUAACUAAGAGAGAGGAAGAUUCAUCUCUUAUGCAGCUUAGAGAAGAACUUCGAAACUAUGACAAUCUUCGAAGAGAACAUGAUGCUCAAGUAGUGACAAUAGCAAUUGAAGCAGGUUUAAGAAUAGUGCCUGAGCAAUGGAGUUCUUUAUUGUACGGCAAUGUUUAUCAUAAAAGUUAUAUUCAAUCUAUAAUCGAUAAAGUGUGCAAGCAGCAAAAUGAAAAUUCCUUUGUCGCUAGUAUUGGAGAAUUUCAAUCCACUUUACGCAGAACGGGAGAUCCAGCAAACUUAAUGAAACUAAAAGAUACUUUUGAGUGCCUAUCAAGAAUUGAUCAACAUGCUGAAGCAGAAAGUCCUACAUGGGAAACAUUAGAAAAUUCUUUGAAAGCUUUGUCAGAUGUAAUUCAAGGACUUGUUGAACUAGUUCAGAAUCCAAAUCUGAGGAGGCGAGUUAGCCAAGCUAUUCUCGAACAAAAUACAAAUCGUUAUAAGACUAUGAUGUGCAGGGAUCUUAUGACAAAGAAUGAAUGCCCAAGAGGUGACUCAUGCUCAUUCGCACACUCCAAGGAGGAGCUUGACAGACAUCGACACAAAGUAUCCCAACAAACGAAUCAAUCAUCUCUUACUGCAGUAGAAAAGGCGCAAUUAGAUGCCUUGAAUCAAGGAAUGUGUGCGAAGUUAGGUCUUGUGCCAGAUAACGAAGUGGAGGUGCCAACUGUACAAAGUUCUUUGUUAUAUGGGUCUAAUGAGGCAAAAAUGGCUAGAACUACUAUGACGCCAACAUCCACAACUUUGACUGACGGAGCUGUUCCAAUACCCAGUGCUCAAGAGGCACCUGAAGUACCUGUUGUUGAUUAUUCUAACGUGCCUGUGACCGUAAUUCGACCUCUUGAACAACAUGUUCUACCCCAUAAUUUCUAUCCAGACGGGCUUCUGUCAAAUAUUUCUCUAAGACAGCGAAAGACACCCUCAGAAACUCUACAUCAUUUACAUAAGAAAAAAGGGGAGCUGUUAAGUCAUAUCAAUAAACAAUGUAAUAUAUCAUAUACUACUGUGGAGGCGAAUUCCAAUGAAAUAUCAACUGCAAUUACGACCAGUAUUGUGACGUCACACUUAAUAGAAGAGUGUUCCAGCCAGCUAGCUUCCUCAUCAUAUAAAUAUGGCCCAAUCUCAAGCAGUUUUACUCAAGAGCUAGAGAGCGAACUCCAAACAGAAAGUAACAGCGAUGACGAAAUUAUUCCAUUCUCAACUCACUCAAUCGUGUCCAAAUUCGGUCCCAUAGCCCGAGGGUACAAAACGAAAGUGAAAGAUAUCCCACCCGUUCAAGUUACUGCUUCGCAAAUGCGAAACCCCAUGCCUGUAACAGCCGUAACUCCCUUUUCCAGGGGCUAUCCAGUAGCAGCCCCAGUUCCCAGUCGUUUUUCACCAACAAAUCCAUUUUUUGGCGUCUCAGAUCAUGUUAGUGAUCCUAAUGGAUUCAGGGUUGCUUCCUCUCUUCCUACAGCGAUGAUCGGCCGUAAUCUGACAUCCAAUCGUUUAUCAGAGCAUUCAUAUUGGAGUUUGAAACAAAGUAUUAAACAUACAGGCGAAAAGAAUGUGAACAAUGAAAUUAAUGCUGAUCUAGCAUACGUAUCGGAUCAGAUGCAACUUCUUCAAGAAGCAGAAGAUCAUAGACUAGCUAAAGAAUUGCUAUCGGUUGAAAUGGAUAUUCAUAAUACGCAACAAAUUUUGCAAAGAACUUAUAUUUCAUGA